UUUUAGGCUGAACAAUCAAGCUAUGUUCUUUUUGCAUAAUGGCAUCUAACUAGACUUUUUUGCAUGUUUUAUCUUAUAAAAGUAUUUGACUUAUUCAGGCGAGUUAAGUCAAUUACAGUUAUAUUUACUAAAAAAAAUACCAAUGAGUCUUCUUCAACUUAGUUCAUUAUUUUCAAGAAGAUGCAAUAUUCUUUCAUCGAAAGGUUUAUUGCCUCGAAGUCUUCAAUUAAAAAGCAAUGCUCAUGAGUUAAAUUGUCGAAGUUCCAUCAACACAUUGCGUUUUCUGACAACAGAAAAAAAAGGAACAGUAUCUGGUGUACCAUAUAAUCAACUGACUGUUGGAGUGCCAAAAGAAAUACACACAGGUGAAAGAAGAGUUGCAUUAACGCCUCAAGCAUGCUCUGUUCUUAUAAAUAAAGGAUUCAAUGUUGUAGUUGAAAAAGGAGCUGGUGAAUCUGCUAUGUUUCUUGAUAAAGAUUAUGAAAGUGUUGGUGCUAAAAUUGUUUCAACAAAAGAAGCAUUUGCUUCAAACAUUGUUUUAAAGGUUCGCCCACCUACAACUAAUGCAGCACUUGGACUUCAUGAAAGUGAACUAAUGAAGCCAGGAACAAAUCUAUACAGUUUUAUAUAUCCUGGUAUAAACAAAGAAUUAUUAGAGAAGUUAGGCCAACAAAAACUUACUGUGUUAGCUAUGGACUGUGUUCCACGUAUUUCUCGUGCUCAAGUUUUUGAUGCACUAAGUUCUAUGGCAAACAUUUCUGGCUAUAAAGCUGUGCUUAUGGCAUCAAAUGAAUUUGGGAGAUUUUUUGCAGGUCAAAUUACAGCUGCAGGUAAAGUUCCACCUUGUAAGGUGCUUGUUAUUGGAGGUGGAGUUGCAGGUUUGUCAGCAAUUCAAACUGCUAAAAAUCUUGGUGCUAUUGUACGAGGUUUUGAUACAAGAGAGGCAGUUCGUGAACAAGUACGAUCAUUAGGAGCUGAGUUUUUAGAAGUUAAAAUUAAAGAAUCUGGAGAUGGUGUUGGUGGAUAUGCAAAGGAAAUGUCACCCGAAUUUAUCAAAGCAGAAAUGGAACUAUUUGCAAAGCAAGCCAAGGAAGUUGAUAUAAUCAUAACUACUGCUGCAAUUCCAGGAAAAAAGUCACCUAAGUUAAUUACUAAAGAAAUGGUCGAUAGCAUGAAAAAAGGAUCUGUUAUUGUUGAUUUAGCAUCAGAAGGAGGAGGUAAUUGUGAACUUACCCGUCCUGGCGAAAGCUAUAAUUAUAAUGGUGUCCAGAUAAUUGGAUAUACUGAUUUUCCAAGUCGACUUCCUACUCAAUCUAGCACUUUGUAUGCUAAUAAUAUUUCAAAACUCCUCUUAUCAGCUGGUGAAAAAGGUCAUUACAAUUUAAACCUGGAAGAUGAAGUUAUCAGAGGCUCUUUAGUUCACAAAAAUGGUGAGUUGAUGUGGCCACCACCUGUAGUUGCACAACCAGUACAAAUAAAGAAGGAAAAAGUUAAAAUUACUGCACCAGUUAAAUCACCAUGGCAGUCCUCUGUACAGGAAACUGGUUUGGUUACAGGUGGCUUAGGUGCUAUCCUUGCGCUGGGUGUAGCAUCGCCAAACAUGGCUUUCAAUCAAAUGUUAACCACAUUUUCUCUUGCUGGCGUUAUUGGUUAUAAAGUUGUAUGGGGAGUCACACCUGCACUUCACUCACCAUUGAUGUCAGUUACAAAUGCAAUAUCUGGUAUAACUGCAGCUGGUGGAUUGUUAGUUAUGGGUGGAGGGCUGAUACCCCAGACCCUUCCUCAAUACUUAGCUGCUACUGCAGCAUUGUUUUCUUCAAUCAAUAUUACAGGUGGUUUUAUAAUCACAAAGAGAAUGUUAGACAUGUUUAAACGACCUGAUGAUCCUCCAGAAUAUCAUUACUUGUAUGCAAUACCUGGUGUAUUACUUACUGGAGGAUACGCAGCCACAAGUUUGAGUGGUUAUUCAGAUAUGCACCAAAUGGUUUACCUUGGCUCAUCUCUAUGUUGUAUUGGUGCACUUGGCGGUUUGGCAACUCAAAGUACUGCUAGGACUGGAAAUGCUUUAGGUAUAAUUGGUAUUGUUGGGGGUGUUGGAGCUACAGUUGGAGUUAUAUCACCUUCAGCAGAAUUACUUACUCAAAUGGGGGCUACUAUGGCUGUAGGUGGAACUAUAGGAGCAGUAAUUGCAAAUAGAAUUAAUGUGACAGAUCUUCCUCAGUUAGUUGCACUAUUUCACAGUUUUGUUGGGUUAGCUGCUGUUUUAACUUCAGUUGGUUCUUACCUUAUUGAUCCAAGUCAUUUUACAGUAGACCCGUCAGGUAAUGUGCACAAAGCUUCAAUUUACGCUGGUACUUUUAUUGGUGGUGUAACAUUCACAGGAUCAUUAACAGCAUUUGGAAAACUUCAAGGGCUUCUUGCCUCUGCUCCUCUCAAUUUACCUGGAAAAAAUUUUUAUAAUAUAGCUAUGGGUACAGCAAGUGUUGGUGCUCUUGGUGUGUUUAUGAAUACCAAUGAUCCGUCAUUAGGCAUACCAAUGCUCGGAGCUGCUAGUGCACUAUCUGCUACCAUGGGUGUUCAUAUGACUGCAUCUAUUGGUGGUGCAGAUAUGCCAGUAGUAAUUACAGUUCUCAACAGCUACAGUGGGUGGGCAUUAUGUGCUGAAGGAUUUAUGUUGAAUAAUGAUCUCCUCACAAUUGUUGGAGCUUUAGUCGGAUUCUCUGGUGGUAUACUUUCAUAUAUAAUGUGUAAAGCUAUGAAUAGAUCGCUUACAAAUGUGCUAUUUGGAGGCUAUGGGACUUUGACUUCAGGUACUGGUGAAAAAAUGAAAAUUACUGGAACUCAUACUGAGAUAAACGUCAAUUCAACCGUUGAACUGAUCGCUAAUGCAAAGAACAUUAUUAUUGUUCCUGGCUAUGGAUUGGCCGUGGCAAAAGCUCAAUAUGCAAUUGCUGAAAUGGUGAAAAUUUUAAGAGAAAAAGGCAUUAACGUGCGAUUUGGUAUUCACCCGGUAGCUGGUCGAAUGCCUGGUCAACUUAAUGUGUUGUUAGCUGAAGCUGGUGUUCCAUACGAUGUUGUUUUGGAAAUGGAUGAGUUAAAUGAAGAUUUUCCAGAGACUGACUUAGUAUUGGUCAUUGGUGCAAACGAUACAGUGAACUCUGCUGCUCAGGAAGAUCCUAACUCUAUUAUUGCAGGAAUGCCGGUAUUAGAAGUGUGGAAAGCUGCUCAGACUAUUGUUAUGAAGAGGACUAUGGGAACUGGUUAUGCUGAUGUUGAUAAUCCUGUGUUUUACAAAGAAAAUACUUCCAUGUUGCUGGGUGAUGCUAAAAGCACAUGUGAUUCGUUGCUGGCCAAAAUUAAAGAGCAUUAUAAUUAAGAAUCAUUAAGUCCUUAUAUUUUAUUUUUUAAAUUUAGAAUUUUUCCAAUUUUCUACUAAAUAACUUUAAAUUUUGAUAAAAAAAAAUAUAAUGAUUUUUACCAGA